UGCAGGCUGCUGUUAUGUGAUGAGGUUGAUCCACUGCUGCACCUGAAGAGACGAGCCGCUUGUUCCACUGCGAGUGUGUGACUUCACAGAUGAACGGUGCAGUGGCUAUGGAGGCCACCAGGAGGCGAGCUCAGCCCAGUGCCGAUGGGAAAACAUCUGAAGACAAGGAGCAGCCAGCACAGUGGGGGAGAGCAUGGGAGGUGGACUGGUUUUCCCUGAUUGCCGUGAUCGGCCUCCUUUGCUUUGCCCCCUUCAUUGUCUUCUACUUUGUGAUGGCGUGUGAUCAGUACCAGUGCUCCAUCAGCCAGCCUCUGGUUGAUCUGUACCAUAAAGACACCACCUUGCUCUCCAUGUGGGCCAACUCACCCUCCUUCAGCUGGACAGCUGCCAAGAUAUACGCAAUCUGGGUGGCCUUCCAGUUGUUCCUGUACAUGUGUAUUCCGGAUGUUGUCCAUAAGUUUAUUCCUGGCUUCGUUGGUGGAGUGCAGGAUGGAGCACGAACUCCUGCUGGCCUGAUCAACAAGUAUGAGAUCAAUGGGCUGCAGUGCUGGCUGAUCACUCAUGUCCUGUGGGUUGCCAAUGCCCACUAUCUCCAUUGGUUUUCUCCCACCAUCAUCUUCGACAACUGGAUCCCUCUGAUGUGGUGUGCCAACAUACUGGGCUAUGCUGUUUCGACCUUUGCUUUCCUAAAGGCCCACUUCUUCCCCACCAACUCUCAGGACUGCAAGUUCACAGGGAACAUAUUCUACAAUUACAUGAUGGGCAUCGAGUUCAACCCUCGCGUUGGCAAGUGGUUUGACUUCAAGCUGUUCUUCAAUGGCCGACCCGGCAUUAUAGCCUGGACCCUCAUCAAUCUGUCCUACAUGGCCAAGCAACAAGAGCUGUACGGCCAAGUCACCAACUCUAUGAUUCUGGUCAAUGUACUGCAGGCCAUUUAUGUGUUGGAUUUCUUCUGGAACGAGGCUUGGUACCUGAAAACCAUUGACAUCUGCCAUGACCACUUUGGAUGGUAUCUGGGCUGGGGAGACUGUGUGUGGCUACCAUACCUCUACACACUGCAGGGUCUGUACCUGGUGUACCACCCAGUCCAGCUUUCUAACACCCAUGCCCUGGCUGUCCUCCUCCUGGGCCUUGUCGGGUAUUACAUCUUCCGAUCCACCAACCACCAGAAGGACCUGUUCCGCCGCACAGAGGGAGCCUGCUCCAUCUGGGGGAGCAAGCCAACAUACAUCGAGUGCUCGUACUACUCCGCAGACGGUGGCCUUCACCACAGCAAGCUCAUGACCUCUGGCUUCUGGGGCGUGGCCCGGCACUUAAACUACACAGGCGACCUGAUGGGCUCUCUGGCCUACUGUGCAGCCUGUGGCUUUAGCCACUUUCUGCCCUACUUCUACAUCGUUUACAUGACCAUCCUGCUAGUGCACCGCUGUGUGCGUGACGAGCACCGCUGCAGCAGCAAGUACGGCAAGGACUGGAAACGCUACACAGAUGCUGUGCCUUAUCGGCUGAUUCCUGGAGUGUUUUAGAGGGGAGGAGGGGGAGAGGGAGGGAUUAGGGAACAUUAUGUACAUCUUUUGAAAUGGGGUGGCAAGAAAAACAGGUAUUUGUGUGUUUUAUUCAUAUCAAGAACUCACAACCCCUAUACUUAACAUACAGACUGUCAUUUGGAUACAUUUCAUGUGUUUUCAUCACUGCUGUACGUACAUAGAGGUACAGUGCCGUUUAUUUGUCUGCCUUGGUAAAGGCAGUUUGAUGAAUCACUCUGCUGCUUUCUACUGUGGCUGGGAAGUCUUACACAAAGAAAUUUAUGGAUAACACAAACUUAAAAGCCUAAACACAACUACAGAAGCCACACAACAAAAGCAGAACCAAACCGGAAGGGAGUUAUUCGAUUUUGACAAUGAAACGAGCAGAGUUAGUUUAAAAUGUAGUGGUGGUCUAUCUGAGGUGUUCCGGGACAAGUGCUUGAAACACACUCAAGAGCUAACUCAAAAUGUUUGUGUGCUUCCUUUUCCGGUGCUCCAAGCAUCCGUACCUGUGUUUUCCUUUAAUGUACUGUAGUUUUCUUAAUGAUAUGACAACUAGUACAGUUAGGCUCACUUUUAAAAGCUCUACAAUCUUUUUCUGUGAGACAAAGCACAAUUUUAACCAGUUUAAGCUAAAAUCAUUCCUAGCAACAGAACCACUUCUGUAGUCAACUGCACAACACUGUGACAUUCCCAUAAUAUAACUUGAUAUUGGUUAUAUGCUAACUUGAUUAAUUAUUAGUCAAGUUAAUUAAAAAAAAGUAAUACUUUUUUUUACAGUUUGAAGUCAUUCAUCAAGACAUGACCAAAACAUGACUGGUCCCUGUUUCAAAAAUGAGAAUUAAGUGUCUCUUUGCACUCGGGUAUGCUAUGAUACAGAUAUUUCAUUGCUGUGGCUAAUUAUAAUUAAAUGACUAAUCCCAAUAUAAGCUGAUUGUUGCUGUUAUCCUCUACUGACCUAAAGGAACCAAAGGACUGUUGGCUCCACUGACUGGACCUGCCUCAUAAAAAAGUUAUCUAAUAUUUGUGUAACGGUUGUCUGAGACCUUGAACUUCAUCACUGUUAUCUGUUUGUAUUGUUGAGUUUCUCUCGUUGUGGUUGAGAGAACAUGAAUCAGGUUUGUUAUCGACAGGACAAGGAUUUAUUGGCAGUGAUCAUCACUUUCAGUUCUAUCUGAUGAGCUGACCAAAUACUGUGUUGAUUUAAUAAACUUUCUGCAUUUUAUAUCUCAACAACA